GAUGACAAAAAAGGAAAAGUCUCAAGUGUCAACAAAAUCCUAAAACAAUUCUGCCACCAGAACCACUGGAACUUUAUUGAACACAAUAACGUCAACCUAACUCAUUUAAAUCGGGGCGGGCUACAUUUAUCUAAGUCGGGCACUGCCCUUUUAGCGGAGAACUUUUGUAAAUAUAUAGACUAGGCCAUUGCCGUUUAGGAGUACGAUCAUAUUCCUGA